AUGGUCGAUGAAAGUUUCAAUGAAAUAGAAGAAAUACACUGGAUCGUGUUAGCAGUAGAUGAUAAUGGAUCCAGGGCUAGUGGAAGAAGAUCUGUUGAAAAUGCUACUGAUGAGCAUCGGAAUGUACAGAAUGGAAGUGACCGGGGAAGGUCAUCUGACUCUGAGGGUAGAAUGGUCGAUGAAAGUUUCAAUGAAAUAGAAGAAAUACCACUGGAUCGUGUAGCAGUAGAUGAUAAUGGAUCCAGGGCUAGUGGAAGAAGAUUGAAAAUGCUACUGAUGAGCAUCGGAAUGUACAGAAUGGAAGUGACCGGGGAAGGUCAUCUGACUCUGGUGGGUGUAGAAUGGUCGAUGAAAGUUUCAAUGAAAUUAGAAGAAAUACCACUGGAUCGUGUAGCUAGUAGAUGA